AUAAUAAAAACCCUUUGAGAGAGAGUAUACAAUACUAUACAACUAUACUAUUCCUCUUGUUUAAUUUUCUUAUCAUUUUAUUCUCUAUAAUUUUUUUUUCCUCUUCAAGCUGUAAUAUUAUUGCAUAUAGCUAUAGGUAGGGACAUAUAUAUAUCUCUAUAUGGAGCUUGGAGAUGCAACAGUGAUGGAUAGUUCCUCCGGUGAGAUUGUGGCACCGGAGGUGCAUGACGGCGGCGAUGAGAAAGGAAGGAAUGGUGGUGAGGAAGAUGAUAAGAUGAUGAAUAUUACUGGUAGUGGUGGAAAUAGGUGGCCCCGGCAAGAAACAUUGGCUUUGUUGAAGAUAAGGUCAGAUAUGGAUGGUGUGUUUAGAGAUUCAAGUCUUAAGGGUCCACUUUGGGAAGAAGUUUCAAGGAAACUAGCUGAACUUGGUUAUCAUCGAAACGCAAAGAAGUGCAAGGAGAAAUUUGAGAAUGUAUACAAGUACCACAAAAGAACCAAAGAAGGUAAAAGUGGAAAAAAAUCCGAAGGAAAAACAUAUAGGUUUUUUGAUCAAUUACAAGCACUUGAAAAGCAAUUCUCACUCUCUUCUUAUCCUCCAACUUCAAAACCACAACCUAAUAACAACAUAGUGUCAUUGCCAACAAAGCCUAAUAACACUACAACAAUAUCACAUGUUCCAUCCACAAACCCUACCACACUCAUUUCUCCUUCACCACCACCGCCGUUGCCGCCACCAACCAACGCCACAACCACCCCAACAUUAACCAACAAUAAAAACAACAACAAUGUUCAAUAUUCUUUGCCAAACAUGAAUCUAUUCUCAACCACAACAACCUCAACUUCUUCUUCCACGGCUUCUGAUGAAGACUUGGAAGAGAAGUACAGAAAGAAGAGAAAAUGGAAGGACUAUUUCAGAAGACUUACAAGAGAAGUGUUGAUAAAACAAGAGGAAAUGCAAAAGAAGUUCUUAGAAGCCAUAGACAAACGUGAGAGAGAACACAUGGCUCAACAAGAUGCUUGGAGAGUUCAAGAAAUGAAUCGAAUCAAUAAAGAACACGAACUUCUUGUCCAAGAAAGAUCAACAACAGCCGCAAAAAAUGCGGCUGUUAUUGCCUUUCUUCAAAAAUUGUCUGGACAACAAAAUUCGACAAUACAAGAUAAUUUUAUUCAGCCGCCACCACCACCACAACCAACACCACCAGAGUCAGCUCAAACUCCUAUAUCACAACUACAAAUACAACCACACGAACCGGUGACGUCAAACAACAACAUUGUUGAAAUUCACCAGAAUAACGGACACAAAAGUGGUGGUGGAGCUUCAUCAAGGUGGCCAAAAUCUGAAGUUCAUGCUCUUAUAAGGAUAAGAACAAGUCUUGAACCAAAGUAUCAAGAAAAUGGACCAAAAGCACCAUUAUGGGAAGAUAUAUCAGCUGGAAUGCAAAGACUAGGGUACAAUAGAAAUUCCAAGAGGUGCAAAGAGAAAUGGGAGAACAUAAACAAGUACUACAAGAAAAUGAAGGAAAGUAACAAGCAAAGGCGUGAUGGUAGUAAAACAUGUCCUUAUUUUAAUGAACUUGAAGCUCUUUACAAAGAAAAGAACAAAACAUUUCAUAAUAAUAUUAUCAAGUCAAGUGAGAUGAUGGAACCAUUGAUGGUGCAACCUGAACAACAAUGGAGACCUCCAACAACAAUAACAACAACUCAAUAUGACGAAGAGGAAAAGAAGAAGAAGAAUAGUAAUGAAGUUGAAGCAAAAGAAGAAGAUUAUGAUGAUAAUGAUGAUGAUGAAUAUGAUGAGGGAGAUAGCAUGGAAGAAGAAGAAGAAGAUGAAGGGGGUGUUAAUAGCCGUUAUGAAGUUAUGACAAAUAAACUUUCACCAGUGGACACAGUUGAAUGAGACAAGAUAAGGAAGUUUCUGAUUGGAUGUGAAUGAAUAUGAGAGAAAGUUUUUUAUUUUGGAUUUUUAAUUAAAAUUUAUUGUGCAUUUUCGGAUUACAACAUGUUACUCAACUUUGUUAUUACAAAUAGUUAUCAAUAUCAUAUAUUAAAAUUUAAAGCA